AUGGAUCCUGAAACUGUUCUCAAUGGUGUCCAUUGCGUGCGAACGCCUAUCCAGCAGCAACACCCGCAACAUCAGGUACAUCCCCCUCCCGGCACAUCACGCCGUCCACACCCGUCAGUCCAGGCCAGCCAUGUCCAGUUCUUCCCCUCAAGCUCUCCAGAGGUUCAGAGACAAACACAAGCUCCGCAUGACGCGUCCGGGACUGUUGACACCAGUCCGCAUCCAAAUGUGUCACAAGGAAGCAACAUACCACCAUCCUCAUUCAUAGGAAGCCCGGUGCGGCACUACCCACCAUCGUCAUUUCAGCCAAAUAACUAUCCGGGACAAUAUACGUCAUCCCAGCAGCACCUACCAUUUUCAACCGCACACCCACAAAUUUAUCCAUACACUCAAGCUCGUGUAUAUGCACCACACUCGCCUUUGGAACACGAUCAGUACCAACAACAUCUACUGGGCUUCCGACCCAUGAUGCAGGCGCACUCACCAUCUAAUGUGGGUUCUUAUCCGCCGGCUGGGAAUUCGGGAAUGCAUCCCACUACCCAUAGUCCCCCAGCUCACUCUCCGCUACCUGUGCAGCAGCCUCCUCCUGGCACCUCUGGUUCACAUAGCACAUCGCAGUACCAGCCUAUGCGUUAUCCCAGCCCAUGCCAUCCUUACCAUUACAAUCAUGCGUAUCAGCCAAACCCGUACCAGUGGUACUAUGGUUCACCAGUUCCACCUGGAUUUAACGAGGGCAUCCCCGUGCAUUAUCAACCUCAGUACCCAAUAAACUUCCCACCCCAGCAGGACUCACCUUCAUCCGACCUGGAGACACGUUUUUCUCAAGUCUCCAUUCAUGGCGGACCUACUUCACCUACACAGUCAACUGCUCUACCCGCUACUCUAUUGGCAAGGCAUCCACCUCAGGUACCUACGUCAGCAGCUCCCUCAUCAUCACCGGUUCCUGCAUCGACCUCUCCCGUAGCAUCUACUCGCCCCGAACGUCAUGCUCUUCCCCCAUCAACGACUACUAAUUCAUCCCGCCCUCAUUCUGAACGUCCCCUUGUACGUCGGGCUUAUCACCCCAAUCCUCCCGCCCAUAGAUCUGAAUGGGUGAUGUGGAUAGGGAAUGUUUCAGGGGAUGCCACCCAUGACGAGCUCUGGAGAUUCCUGAAACGCCCCACCUCUAUUGACAACGACUCAUCUGAGCCUGAAGACAGUGGUGUCUCAUCAAUUUUCUUAAUCUCCCGGUCAAACUGCGCAUUCGUAAACUUCGAUACGGAAGAGCACUUACGGCGCGCAAUCGCGCGGUUCAAUGGAAAACAGCUCCCUGAACGGCGGGGUCCGCGACUUGUUUGUCGGGCACGUCGCAAGGAGGAUGAUCUGCGGGCUGGGGUAGGUGGGCAACGGGGAGUGGGCGUGCACACUCGCUAUGUCCGCGAGCAACUUCAGCAAGAACAAACAGACAAGCAGGGGGAAGCACCAAGUGAAGACGAUCAGUCAUCGCCUACCGAUCGCCGUUCAAGUGUAUCGAGCGAGUCAGGGCAUCCACUGGCUGUGUCGGGCGAUGAGGGGGCUGCCAGGGCUCGCCAAGGGUCGCGACUCGAACACAGUGGCAAAGCUCACUCAAGUAGCUCCUAUGGGUCGACAAACUCCAGUUUUCUGUCCCGACAUUUUCCGAAACGGUUUUUCAUUCUCAAGUCUUUAACGCAGUUCGACCUAGACUUGAGCGUCGAAAACGGACUAUGGGCAACUCAAAAGCAUAACGAGGCCAUUCUUGACCAGGCAUACCGCACUAGCAAUGACGUUAUCUUGAUAUUUAGUGUGAACAAGAGCGGGGAGUUCUAUGGAUAUGCACGGAUGGCCGGACGGAUAUUACAGGGCGAGCACAGAGUUUUGUGGGCGUCGCAUGGGGAUUCUUCCUCGUCCUCUCUUUCCUCGUCUCGGCGGGAACCUGACUGUCCCACUCCACUUGCUGCUAACAAUCAGUCCUUCUUCACGCCAUCCGAAAACCGUCUCGUCGAGGAAUCGCCACUGCCUUUUACACCAUAUUCGGGAGGUAACCUGAGCACAAAACCUUCUCCUAUGGUGCCUCACCGAUCAUCUGCACCAGCUGCACUCGGUGCUCGCCCGCAACGGGAAUUUUCAGCAGAGCCUCCGGCUCCGAAGUUCAGCCUCGGUGAUAGCGGGAAGGUUAGGCUAGCCGUCAAGGAUUUUGUAAGCACGACUUCCAAUAUUGUGCUCGACAAGAAUGCGCCAGCCCGAGCGAUGCGGAAUCAGGGGAGCACGGAUGAAGCGAAGUUGGGGGUAUCUGCGUUGCAACCUGUGGAGGAGGAGAAUCACAGUUUAAGUAGUGAUGAUGGUGAUGCUGGGGAAACACAACCGAAGGAUGACGCGAUGCCAUCGACGACCGAAAACGCGGGGAACGAUGAACGAGAUACUUGGGGGCAGGCAUUCAAGGUGGAGUGGUGCUGUACUGACCGUCUUCCUUUCUAUCGUACUCGACACCUUCGGAAUCCUUGGAACCAUGAUCGGGAGAUUAAGGUCUCACGGGAUGGUACGGAGCUUGAGCCAGGGGUAGGUCAACAACUGUUGGAACAAUGGCAGACACUCGUUGCUGCUCCAACGGUAGUGGAGACAAGCAAGUCAGCCGCCGCAAUAGACUAACGUGCAGCCAAGCUCACGUCAAUAGUCUCCUUGACUCUGAAGACGGUGGGGAAUCGUGAUGACUGACACGUUUGCACGUUCUCGAGACUUGAGAAAAUCACGGCACACUUAUCAUCAUAGACCAUCCAUUUUACUCGCAUUCAUUUUGAUCUUCACUCAUCUUCCAGACGUUAUACGACCACAACUUGGAUAUUCACGGGACGAUAAUUUUCAUCUUUGGGAGCAGGGGCUUGUGGCUUUCUAUUUUCGUAUCAUGCCUGUUAUUUAGUAUACUUUCUGGUCAGUAUAUACUGACGCACUUAUACACGCGUACAUGCGAAUCGACCUGAGUCUGAGGAGUGAUGAUGC